AUGCAAACACCAUUGAAUACGCUCGACACAAAAGAACCACUUGAUUAUGAUAAUUUAAAUAUAAUUACACGUCCACGACCACCACGUCGUCGUCAAACUGGUGUUUCAUUAAUACCAUUUCGUCCAUAUGUUAAAUGUUUAACAAGUGUACGACAACCAUUUUCAUUUGCAAAUGGUUAUGAUAGAUGGAUGGUUAUCGGUAGAGAUGAAAUAUUUUUUACACAACCAAAUGCAAGAUGUAUUGGUUCAUUAAUUGAAGAUUGUGAUAUAUCAGAUGUUAUUCGAUGGGACAUUGAAGGAGAAUCAACACGUUUACCAAUGAUGUGUAAAUUAUGGAUGAUUGUUGAUGGAGCUGUUGUUGAAAGAGGAAGACCACAUUUAGUUCAAGAUGCAGCUAUACAAGUAUUUACAUCAGGUCGUAAUCUUCGUUCGAUACUAGCAACACAGCGACAUUAUAAUCAAACAUCACUAACAACAACAGUUGAUCGACGUCGUCGUCAAUCUUGGCAAGAUGUUAAUGAAUAUCAUAGUGUAUCUUAUUAUCAAUAUACUUGUGCUGUUCGACGAGGAUUUCAUAAAAAUAUUCAAUGUAAUAUAGAUAAUGAACAUUUAAUAAGUAAACAAGAAAUUCUUUCCGAUGUUGAAGAAGAAAUAGUUGAUGAAAAUCAAAUGAAAAGUUUUAGAAAAGAAAAAGUUCAAGAAACAAUACAUCAUUCAUUAAUACCACAAGAUCGUGUUCAUAUAUCGAUUAUGACACAAACAGAAAAUCGAUUUCUUAAUCGAUCAACAUCAAUUGAUUCUCAAUUUAUUUAUAUGUUUAAUCUUAAUUUAGAAACAAAUGAAUUACUUUUAUCAUCAAUUGCUAAUCCAUAUCGUCGUGUUAUAUCAUCGAAUUAUUCUUCCGAUGUAAUAUCAAUCUAUCGUAAUGGUAUUGAAUAUAAACAUCGAUCAGUAUCAACUGGUGAUGAUUAUCCACAUUGGUGGCUUCGACUUAAUACUGAUUUUAUUUUAUCAGAUUUUAUUAAAAUUCCAUAUGAGGAGAAGGAGAAGAAGUUUUUACCUUCUCCUUCUCCUCGACACAAUCAAAGUGUACAAACAGAUAUUGAUGAAUCAAGAAUAUCAUCAUCAUCGAGAUCAAUACGUAUUCAAAAAACUUCAUCUUCAGCAACAACAACUAAUCAUUAUGAAUCAAUCGAUGAUAUUAAUAGACAAAGAAUUGAUUCUCAUAAUGAUAUAAAUUGUCGUUUAAAUGAUUAUAAAACAUGUACUCAUAAUAAUAAACAAUCUGAUAAUGAUUAUAAUAUAUUUGUUUCAUCACUUAAUCAUCAUGGACAACAAUCAUAUUCAACACCCGAUUAUCAGAGUCAUCGAGUACCAUGUCAUUGUUUUUCCAAUAAUACAACACGAACACAAACCAAAACUUCUGACAGUACAUCAACAACAUUAUUAGCAAAUUUACUUGAACGUUAUGAAAAAACAUUACGUGAACGACAACGAGCUAUUGCUAUUAUUAAUGAUGAAUUAUUAGAUAUUGAUGAUGUAUUAAAACAUUAUAGAGAAAAAAUACAAAAUUCAUCAUCAAAACAAUCAAAUAUAGCUAUGGAACUUUAUCGUGAUAUUUCAUUAUUGUCCAAAGAUGAUCGACCACCAUCAACAACAACUAUCAAUAUAAUAAAAGAUAAAUAUCGAUCAAUGCCUGGAUUAACAAGUGAAGAAAUGAUUAAAGCAUAUAUGCCAUCACCUAAAGUUCAUAUAACAAAAUGUUUAUUAGAUUCAUCAAGACAACGUCAACCUCGUUUUCUAACUCCAUCAACAGUAAUAACACGACCUAAUUAUUGUGAUUUAUGUUUAACUGGUCAUCAUAGAAGUUCAGCAUGGAUUCAAUAUAAUGAACGAAGAAUUGAAGAAUUACAAAAAAGAAUUGAUUUAAUGUUACAAAUUGAUGAUAUUGAAGAAGCUCAAUUAUUAUUAUCAUCAACACCAAUUAUUCCAACAACUGCUACAGUUACACAACGUAUUGAUGAUAUUCUUUCAAGAAGAUCAAAAUAUCGUGAUUUACAUCUCUAUGAUUAUUAUCGUUUUUUAUCACCUUGUCGAUAUCAAUAUCGUUUACAUCAUCGAUUGAAUCAAUCAUUACCAAAUAUACCUCGUCUAUUAAAUCGAGGUACCACACAUUCAACAACACCAGUAUCAAAGUCGGUCCGAAUAUGUACUGAAUCCGUUUCACCACGUACAAUUCAUCGUCGAUCGAGAUCUGCUUCUCGACCACUUGUAUCAAUCCUACGUCAUAGUAGUGUACCAGCGAUGUCUCGACCGACUAGAUUAAUUGAAUCAUCACAUAUUUAUAAAAGUAAAGUUGAUGGAAAAAUUUAUGAUCUUAAAGAAUUUACUAUUCCACGAUAUUAUCGAUUGUACAAUGAUGUUAGUUUUCGAGAAAUAUAUAAUUUCUCACGUUUACUUGAUGCAUAUUUACAAACAAAUCGAAUAAUUACAGAAGAUUAUUCAAAGAUGAUUAAAAACUUUGCAUUAAAACAACAAUUACCAUCUCCUAUAACAAGUGUCGCAUAA